CUCGGUUUUCUCUACAAUCUAGCGUGCCCAUCCUCCUGUCUUCUCGCUGGCCUUUGCUCGUCGCCUCCCUUCCUCCCGCGCCCCUCCGCCCCUUGCCGCUCCCCCUCGCCGCCCCCUUGUUCCGGUGUUUCCAUCGCCAUCGCCGAAAAUGAUGAACGCCUCCCAGAAGUUCCGCCUGGCUCUGAUCCAGAUGCGCGUCUGUGCCGACAAGAGCACCAACAUCGCUGCUGCCCUGUCGGCUAUCAGUCGCACUGCCAAGGAGGGUGCUGAUAUGGUUGUGCUGCCGGAGUGCUUUAACUCGCCCUACGACACGCGCCAGUUCAAUGAGCACGCCGAGACCAUCCCCGGCGGGCCGACCUGGUCUGCCCUGUCCGAGGCUGCCAAGGAGCACAGCAUUUACCUCAUCGGUGGCACCAUCCCCGAGCGCUCGGCCGAUGGGAAGAUUUACAACACGGCCAUGGUCUUCGGCCCUGAGGGGAACAUGUUGACCACCCACCGGAAGAUCCACCUCUUUGACAUCGAUGUCCCGGGCCGUGUCACCUUCAAGGAGUCGGAUACCUUGUCGGCUGGUGACAAGCCGACCGUUUUCGACACCGCCUUUGGCAAGAUCGGCCUGGCCAUCUGCUACGACAUCCGCUUCCCUCGGCUGGCGGAGUACAUGCGCCACCAGGGGGCCAAGAUGCUGAUUUACCCCGGCGCCUUCAACACCACCACCGGCCCCCUGCACUGGGAGCUGCUGCUGCGCUCGCGUGCGAAUGACAACCAGCUGUACGUCGCCGGUGCGGCCCCGGCCCGGGACAACUCGACUGGCUAUGUUGCAUUCGGCCACAGCACCGUGGUGGACCCUUGGGCCAAGGUCGUUUCCAAGCUCGAGGAGGAUGAGGGUAUCCUCUAUGCGGACAUCGAUUUCUCUGUGGUCGAUGCGGUCCGCAGCCAGAUCCCGAUCUCGAUCCAGGGCCGCGAGGAUUUGUACGAUGGCCUCUUCCAGCAGCAGCAGCAGCAGCAGCAGCAGCAGCAGCAGCAGCAGCAGCAGCAGCAGUAA